GAAAGUAUUCAAAAUAAUGUCCACAUGUCUUACUCACCGUUGUCGCGUUAAAUAAGUGUGUUGUCUCUAGCAUUGUCGGUCAUUUCUACGUCCACUAUGUUGAAUAAUUAUCAUGAUAUGGUUUCAAUUAGAGACUGAAAUUUAAGCUGCGACAUUAAAUGUUAAUUCAUGGUUUACAUUCUCUGAAAUCUUUCGAUUUCUUAGAAGGAGGGAUUUAAUUAACUGCUGGUUUAAGUUUCUGCUAUGGAUCAGCUGGCUUCAUAUUCUGUGGUUAUAACCCAAUCAACUGAUAAAGGGCGAAUAAAGAGGGACAAUAAAGAAAUAAGAGGAACUUUCCGUUACGAAACAAAGAAAAAGUGAAUGGGAAACGCUCCCAGAAGCCUCCUUUUACUUUUUCAUGGAGAAGUAAUGUGAAACUUACUCUUUUGUCUUUCUACGUCCGAAACGUCGUUGAAUCGUCUAGUCUUCGUCGAAAUGCUCACCAAAUAGCCUACUUUUCGUCUAAGCACUCACCAACCUUUUUUUUUGCUUUGGCCUUGGUUACACGCUUUAUUUUCUACCUCCAACCUAACUCCGAAUGUCUCCUAUGUUCGCCUUUAUUUCCACAACAGACCAGAUGAGGACUACAAUUGACCUUAUUAAAAUAUUGUACAUGGUUAAAAAUAUUAGCAAUAAAUAACACUACAUUUCACUCCGGGAAAUAAUAACACAGAUGCUCAAGCACUGUUCGUUGUUUAUUCUCAUCGUAAGUACAAAGUCCUAGUGUCAUUUACAAAGAUCUGCGAAAGUAAUUAGAGGUAAUAAAUUAUUGUGUAAGAAUGUGUCCUAAUUGAUAAGUGUAUGUAAAAUCAAACAAACUUUCACAACAUACACUUCAUUAGUUCAAGAGUUCCACGUGCAAGUUAGGAAUCCGGUACAUGGUACCUAAAAGCUUUAUUGAACAUAAAAAGCAUUUCAAUAAUAACUUUUCUUAAACUUCAGUGUUACCAUUUUGAACUAAAAUAAUCUUCCUGUCAAUUUUGUAGUUGAAUAAACACAAAUUUACAACGAUAUCUAACUGCCAUAGUUUAUUAAACAACUAUCAAUCUAAAGUAUGACUUACGGUUACGUUCACUAAUAAGGAACACUGCAUUUUAGAACAGCAUUAAAGUUAUAACUUCAAAUUGGUACAUACAUGUCCUGGUUUUCUUCCGUGACGCUUUUGUAUUUCGUCUCUUACGUUGCGAAAGUACCCUUAAGUCACCUUGUCAUACAGUUUAGCUAGUUGUUUUUCUUUGACAGAUGUCGAUAAGAACAGCGAUUUUAGUGCAUCUAAUGAUUAGAAGGUAAAAAAUAUUCUGACUUUGUACGCUGCUAUAAAACUUGCACUUCUGAAGUACUCUUUGAUGUAGUGCCUAGUAUUGUGGAACGGCUGGCAUAUUCGAGUGUCAUGACGAAUAACAAAAUAUAACACGUAGACUUUUUCGAAUUAUUAUCCAUUAGCCGAGUCACCAUGGCCGUUUGGAAUGUAAAUGAAUAAUCCAAUGAAUUUAGUAGACUUACAGAUUUGUCCUUCAUAUCUUCUUACUAAACAAACGCAUUCAACGUUCACAGUUCCUCUUCAGAUGAAAAAGAGAACUGCAGACUUGAUAGUACGAUAUUAAGUUUCCGUAGUUCUUCACGACCAUCAAACUUAGACAUUGGUUGCACAAUGUUCGCACUCAAGUCUGAUAUAGCUGGUGAUAUAUUCUGCAGUAAAACAUGCAGUUUGCCAAAUCCUAAGCGUUUACUUCAAUCGAGCACGUGACUUUCCCGGCCGAAAACGCCCUGCCCACGCACUUCAACCUUGACGUUGUGGAGGGAGUCUCAUCCAGCUGCGUCGAACUAGUUUAUCAACAUUUUUAAAUAUAACGCCUACUUCGGAAUUGGUGAGUUGUGUGUCUGUCUUUCUGUGGGUAAUAUCAUAGCGUGUUUCUUGUUACAGAUAAUCCUAGGUAAUCAUUUGCUUAAGUAUAAAGCAGUUUGAUAUUUUCUAUAUAUCACGACAAGGCUUCAAUGACUUCAACACUUUUUGAAUUCUACAGGACUUGAAUAGAAGAAGUAAUUGUACCGUCAAGACAGUAAACUAGGCUUUUAUUGGGAUAUGUUAAAGUUAUAUGAGGUAGUUUUUUUAUUAUUUUGAAGGAUAAGAUCUUACCAUAAUUUAUAUUUUUCUCAGCUACUUGGGAUUUUAAAUAAAUGGCGUAAUAUAUUUGGCGUUCUAGGUCAACAAAGUAUACUUUAAUAAACUACUCUAUGUUGCUAGUUGGUUAAUCAUAUGAAUAAUUUUUAUCUGGCUUUUGUUUUGCGAAAAUGGGUUUUAUUUAUAAACAGUUUAAGGGAAUUUGUGAAAAUCGAUCCCGUUAGAUGUUACACUACACUACUGGCGCUAGUUAGUUCGUUUGAUACACAGCUUGCCACAACCCUCAUGGUAUUAGUAGCAAACACCAAGCCAAUAAAUUAUCCGCGAAUCUCAAGCUAUUUUGAAAUAAUAUCUUUCGAAAAAUUAGAUUUAUAUGAGCUGUAUAAACAACAUUCUUCGAACCGAGAUAUUAGGUCAAAAACCAAUAGUGUUAAACCAUGAGCAGUUAAUCAACCCGAUUUUUACGAUCGUUUGACGAUGAAAAAUAAGACAAAUAUUUAUGAAUAGAAAAUACAUUUUUGGCCUUGUGAAAAACUCUGAAUAUCUUGAUCAGUCAUUUGUAUCCUAAAUUCCUCCAUUGUUAUAGAAAUAACUCCUAAACACUUUCUCAGUGGCAGCCUUAAGCGGUACACAGUAUUGCAGUUCUUUAACUUCUAUACAUUAUUAACGGGUUUAAUUACUUUGUAUAGUAGAACAAGGGACUUUUAGAUGCCUAUUAUUGAUAGUCAUUUAUCUUUUUAUAUACGAAGCAUCUCACUAUUUAGAUUCAUUUAUUUUAUAAUGUUUUCAUUGGUAUAUCUUCUAAAAUUAUGAAUCUGUUUAUUUAAAAUACAUAAUGAAUAAUCACUUUCAUUAUCACACCUAUUAGUUCAGAAAGCCAAAUUAAAAACAAUGAUAGAAACAAAUUCGGAAACCACAAUCUCUUCGAAGGAUAUAGAUUUGCGUAUAAAUUUGACCAACCCUGCUGAUAAUGAAAAGGGAUCACUUCACGCUUACCAGAAGAGAUGUCUGUCAUCCAACAAAGAUGUCGACUACCGAACUUACUUGCCACGAGUUCAAAUGGAAUCUAUACGGAAAGAAUACUGUCUUACUGGAAAUCCAUCAUUUAUUAAAACUUCGUGUGUUACCGCAUAUGAAUGUAAUCAGCCUUUCGUAGACAGAAAAUGGUAUUCUUCACAACAUAGUGAGCAGUCCUUAAAUCUGAAAACUAAUGGUUCUGCGCGAUCUAGUCCUAACAAUUCGCUACCUGAAAGGAAGUGGCAAGAUGAACAGUCCGAUUCGUUCAAUCUACCAACAAUUAAUGUCCCCGUUUAAAUUCUACUGCUCUUCUGCCUACCCCUUUCACAAAGCCAUUCAAGGCGUCUGAUAAUCCGUCUCAUUGUUAUCGUCAACAGAAUUCGACUUGAUGUUUGCAACAAUAGUGUAUGACAAAGACAGUAUGGAAAAGCCCAUAAAUAUAUUAUGCUUAAUAAUUCUAGAAUAAAUAACAAAUUUUUACUUUAACUCAGAGUACUCAGUUACAGCAAUCUUCCUAAUUUCAGCUAGCAAUUCAUUUUCUGUGCGCUCAAGUGAAAAUGUCAUACCGAAAUUAACUAACAACCUAUCUGUUUCAAAGAGUAAACGGACAAGAUCAUUGCUGAAAUACUGGAAUAGUUUUGAUCCUGAGCAAAUCCAUUACGGUGUACAUCGCUCCCAUUCACAUAGACAACAGCAACGUAUUUUCAGUCCUAUGGCUAGUUUAUGGAAAGCUAUGCAAAAUCAAAGUCAAAUAAUGGUUAUGACUCGUGGUUUAAAAGAGCCUCGUGCUUCAAUUAUUGGCAAUUUAAUUGCUUUUGAUCGUUAUUGGAAUUUAAUUCUAAAGAAUGUGACUGAAUAUUCUGUUCAUCUUCCGAAAUCAGCUUUGAAAGGUAAUGGAAAACCGGGACGAAGUAAAAAGCGACGGGAACAACGUUUACGAAAGUUUCAACGAAAUAAUAACGCUUUAUUUCAGUUGAAAAAAUGUUCAAAUUUAUGCCAUUCUCCAUCUAAUCAAACUGGUGUUCAGCUGAAAGAUAACCAACCAUUAGAAAUCGGACAAUUAUUUCCUGAUCAGUAUGGCGAUCAUGAUCAAGAUGGGAUUGUGGAAAAAGAAGCACGUGAUGAUGAAAUUAGUAGAUUGAGACCUUUUCGUCUACUUGGUAAAUCCCCUUAUCUGAUACAAAUGAUCAUGAUGAUCAGUCUGUCAAAAAAUGUGAUCAGAUUAAUAAAAGUGUUUUAGUGAAUAUUCAUAAUCAUUUAGACGAGAAUAAUAAUAAUUGUUUUUAUCAUAAAUCGUCAAAUUGGACAUCAUCUAUGGUUAAUUUGAAUGAACGAAAUAUGUCUGAAUUGUCUGAUAUCUCACUUUGGUAUAGUUUACAAACUCGUCGAAAACAUCCUUUCACUGAAAAACAAGAUAAUCAACAAAAUGAAAAAAUUCACAUAGAUGAUGAUGAUGACAACGAACAACAAUUAUUUAUUCGUGGUGCUAAUAUCAUUUUAGUACGAAUUAUUUCUGAGAAUUAAUUACAAAAUUGAACGAAAGAAUUGAGAGAAUUCUCCGUCGUGUUUUUUGUUUGCUUUUCCAUUCAAUCUCAUCCUAUUUGUAAUUUUGAUUAAAUGAAU